AUGCUUUCUGCAGCUCAAGAGUGGGAGGUCGUAGCUGCAGAGGGAGACCGAUACUUUCUAAUUGGUGACUCUGCGAGAAGGCUGGCAGAUGACAACGGUCCACAGGGAUUGUCAGAUGGUUGGUUGGAGAGCCAGAAGUGGACGUUCUACAACAGAAGUGGACGUUCUACAACUGUCGCACCCAAAGGCUAUGCUCGGCUGUGGGCGCUACAACGGCAUGUACGCCGUGUCCAGGCACUCAGUCGGUGUUUAUCCGCAGCUGGUACGGGAAUUUUCAACUGGAGGACGUUGGAGGGGAGUCCCUGCAGAUGUCUUCAGGCGAUGACCAGGGUAUUGAGCAAAUAUGGAUCCUGA